UGGCCGCAGCACCCCAGCAACGUGAAAUGACUGGCAGGAACCGUGACUGGCGACGGGGCUGGGCCCGCCGACUGACUCGGUCUGCUGAUUGGCCAAUGGCAUCCAGCUGAGUCCCGCCGCAGCCAGUCGACCGGUGCUCGGGGCUCCACUGGUAUGGUUCCGGUAUGGUCAUGGCUGACCGGAACUCUUCUACACGCCGUUGUAUGGUGGUCUCGUACCGUUCCCUCCGCAUUGCGGAUCCCCCCCUCCGAUCGCCUCAGAUCGUCUUUUGCGCUCUUCUGCUACUGCGCUUUCUUCCUCUUCUUCUUUCCCUUUCCUCUCUACCUCUCUAAACGCUCGGCCUACUUUCUUGCCAAUCAGCUUCCCCCUCGCCCUCUUCUGUCCUACCGCCAUCUGGACUCUUCUUCUACUUUCAUAUCCCACCUACCUCUUCCCUCUAUACUUCUUGCCUUACACGUCCUCUCUCUCUCUCUUUGUCCAUCCUACAACGUGCUCGCCUCCUAGCUCGUGAUCUAUAUAUCAGGUGGUUGAAGCUCAUGGUGUGUUGCUCACUUAACCCUACAGUACAGUGCCUCUUGUCUAGGAUCUCGCCAACCCCUUCAUCAUGUGUCCUAUGAUCCUCAAUCGCUUGUCCGAUGGUCCCGCGAUGGUCCUCUAUCCUUCCCAGGAAAACGCCUUCGGCCAGCUCCCCUCCCAGUCCCUGCUGGAUACUCCCACCAGCUUCCAUGCCUACACGGGGACCUUCAACUCCGCGUACGCGGGCAACGGCUAUGCCCAGCCAGCCGCGAACUCCAGUGUCUCCGCCGCUCCAGUGCCCCCCAAGCCGUCUCGCAAGAGGUCGCGUGACGAGGCUGCCUCUAACGAUGUCCUCACUGUCAAUGCGCCUCCGGUGCCCCAGCCUGCUCCCGCUCCCAAGGUAGAGCCAAUCUAUGGCGAAGGCAUGGUACUGCUGAACCCGCAGACGGGCCUGGCUGUCUCCGCCGAGAGCCAAACGGGCACUUGGUAUGAAGAAAAGGCCGAGUCGCAGCAAACCGCGGCCGCCCCAAUCUCGUCACGAUCCAUUGCGCUCCAGUCAGAUGGUGCUGAAAUUAGUCGCAAGGCCCAGCGCCUGGAUACCUCCGCCCCGGGCUUGGAUGAUAUUGCUCUCGCCUCUAUGCACCAGCGCCUGAACGGCUCCGACAUGGCCGACCAGCACCGUACCGCCCCGUCUACUCCUCCGGUCGAGCCGCUCAUCGACGAUGCCACUCGCCUUCUUGGCAUCAGCUGGCAGCGCAUUGAUACCGACGACGAGAUGGCACCUGCCGUCCGCGGCUGGACCAAAUAUAUCGACAACCAAUACGCCGCCUAUCUGCACCACUCACAGAUGCUCAUGAAGAGCCGCGCGCUGAAUGCCUACCUUGUUGCCGCCACGCCAAACACCGCUUUCUCUCCGGCAUUCUACCUCUUCAACGAAGAUCUCACUCAAGGUCAGCUCGUGGCUACCUCUUGGGAAGCAUGUCUGCUCAACCUCCGCUCUACUCCUCCCGUCUUCCAAGGAGCCGCGCCCAUGGCUGCUGCUGGCCGUCCUCAAUCGGCCGCCAACCCCUUCACCUCCGUCGCCGAAUCUGGCGUGCCUCUUUUGCAGCAGGCUCUUUCUAGCCACUCGCACUCGCCCACCUGCGGCAUGGACGCGGGAGUGGGACUGAACGAAGGCGUCGAAAUGGGAAUGGAAAUUGACUCGUAAACACUCGUGUCCGAUUCAUCACUUCGCCACCAAAAAAAGUCACAGACCAUCAAACUAGCGCAGUGCCGGACCGCCGACCGUUCGAUAGUGAACGAAUCUCCUCGUGCCGUCGCCCGAUCGAUUCGCUUGUUCGCCGCAUCGUGUUUCGUACCUUCGUGCUUCUUCUGAUUCUUCAUGAUUACUGGAUUUUCUAGUCAUUUUUUACCCUGCUGUCUACGCCCGCGCCUAACCGAUGCAGUUCGGACAUUCAGGUCAAAACUCGCCCCAGGAGGGUGAGUGGGUAUGGUGUUUACUGGUUUCUUUAAUUUUUUUUUUUUCUUUUCUCUUUCUUUCUAUUUUUGGUGGGGAUUUGGGGCUCUGGCGUCGUAACCGUCUUUCGGGGAGGUUGUGCUGCAUGUUUUCUUUUCUAUUUCUAUUUCUUUAUCUGGGCUCUAUUUACCUACCCUUAAAUUUAUAUCAUGACGCAAAUGAAAGAAAAUAUCUGAAUCUGAG